AUGGCGGAGGAGGGGAAGGGGGGCGGGUACAGCGAGCACGAUGACCGCGUCGGUGGCCGGGGCUUCCCGGGGCGGCGGCGGAAGGGCCGGGGGCCGUUCCGGGGGAAGAUGUACAGCGAGGUGAACCCCCGGAGCCGCCCCCGCCGCGCCCGCACCGACGAGGACGACGGAGACGUUCCCAUGGCCGAGCCUCACGAUGGACCCCGCGGGCGGUACGUUCCGUACGCGCCGCGCUCCGGCCGCCUGGCCAACAUCAACAUCACGGUGAAACGGGAGCCCGGGGAGCGCGGGGGCGGCUCCGGCAGGGACGGCGGCAGGAGGAGCUGGUUCAAAAUCACGAUCCCGUACGGGAAGAAAUACGACAAGUCCUGGCUGCUGAGCUCCAUCCAGAACCUCUGCAGCGUCCCCUUCACCCCCGUCGAGUUCCACUACGAUCACAACCGGGCCCAGUUCUACGUGGAGGACGCGACCACGGCCAGCGCCCUCAAACAGGUGUCCAGGAAAAUCACCGACAGGGACAACUACAAGGUGCGGAUCCGGGGGAUCCGGGGGGAUCCGGGGGAUCCGGGGGGAUCCGGGGGGUCCAGGGGGAUCCGGGGGGUCCAGGGGGAUCCGGGGGGCACUGUGGGAUCCGUGGGAUGGAAUGGGAUCCGUUGGCUGCAGUCUCUCAACCUGGGCUCCAACCGACUGUUCCGUCUGGACGAUCUGGCCGAGCUCCCCCUCAAGGCCCCGCGGCUCAAAGUGCUCGACCUGUCCCGGAACGAGGUGGGGACGGAGACCCCA